GGCUGUGCUUCACUGAAUACUUCUUUAUAUUGCUUAACAUACGUCGACAACGACGUUUUUUUUUUUUUUUUUUUACUACGACCACUUGUUUAUUUAUUUUGUCCCGAUAAACUCAUCACGGUGGACUGAACUUAAGUUUACCCUGCUCGUCUAGCUGCUAACAAAGGGACGCGUUUGUUGUCGCGAAGUCAAGUGGGAAAAUGUGUGCAAAAAGUGUGAAAGAAGAGUACGAGAAGGAGAUUUCUCAAACAGAUGAGCAGAACGAACGUCAACGACUGGACCCUGUAUUCAAGAAACAUCAAGUUGUGUUGCACAGGGAAGAAGAGGCCAGUGAAGAAUAUCUUCAUACUGAGCAGCAGGAGGGGAACUUCAGGAUGGAACAGCCUGGGCCAGAGCCUCCAAUUGUUAAAGAGGAAGAGCAACAGCUAAAGUACCCCUCCAUUAAAGAUGAAGAGGAUGCACAGCCUCCUCAUAUUGAAGAGGAUGAGGAGAAAGGCAACCUCAACAUUAAAGAGGAAGAAGAGGACAGUGAUAUUACCACGUUUCCAUGGACUCAUGUCAUUGUGAAGCGUGAAGACCAAGAUCAGUGGUCAAUACUUCAUCCCAGUGAAAGUAAGCAGAAUGGAGGGGAGGAGCCUCCAAGCAGCAGCUCAAGUCAAUACGUGACAACAGAAGGUGAUAGAGACCACUGCGCACCACUAUCAGAGAGUGACGACAUAACUUCGCACUCUUCUGACACUGAUGAAGACAAGCAUGCUAAAGGGAAACUGUUUGUCUGCUCAGUCUGCAGCACACAUUUUAGUGUUCAUUCGCGUUUUGUUCAACAUAUGAGAACACACACUGGGGAAAAGCCCUUUUCUUGCUCCGUUUGUGGCCAAAUAUUCUCGCAAAGAGGUGCGUUAACAAGACACACAAGAACACAUUCCGGGGAGAAACCUUUUUCUUGUUUAGUUUGUGGUAAAGGAUUUACUCAGAAGGAACACUUGGUAACACACACCAGAACACACACAGGAGAGAAACCUUUUUCCUGCUCAGUGUGUGGUAAAAGUUUCUCUGUAAAGGGAAAUUUGAUAACGCAUACAAGAAUACACACCGGCGAGAAGUCUUUUGUCUGCUCGGUCUGCGACCUAAGUUUUGUUGAUCGUUCAUCAUUGGUUCAACACAUAAGAACACACACUGGGGAGAAACCUUUUUCCUGUUCAGUCUGUGGUAAAAGAUUCACUCAGAAGGGACAGUUGAACACUCACUCAAGAACACAUACAGGAGAAAAGCCUUAUGCCUGCUCAGUCUGUAAUUUAGGUUUUGGAGAUCGUUCCACAUUGGUUCUACACAUGAGAACACACACUGGGGAAAAACCUUUUUUCUGCUCUGUUUGUAAGAAGAGAUUUGCUCAGAGAGCACAUUUAAGAACACAUUUAAGGACACACACUGGAGAGAAACCUUUUACGUGCUUAGUUUGCAACACAAGUUUUGCUGAUCGUUCUUCAUUAGUUAAACACACGAGAAUACACACUGGUGAGAAAGUGUUCAAUUGCAGUGUGUGUGAUCAGAGGUUCUCUUAUAAGUAUCAGAUGAAAAAACACAAGUGUCCUGGUGAGAGGAGCAGCCGCACAUGACGCUGCAGUCUUUAAAUAAUAAUGAAACUUAGUUCUAACAAGCUAAGUAACUUUGAGUGCUCGCCCUGAAAAAUAUUUGUGACACGAAAUGAAACAAGUCUUCAAAGUGUAAGCACAAGUGUGCUGGGAAGAAGCUAAGCUGAAAGAGACUGACUUUG